UUGUGUGAGGUCCAAAACAAAGUCAGUCAAGCAGCCAACAUCAGCAAAGCGCACAGCGCGAUCAACAGGAAAGGAGCAAAGGAUUACCUUUUCAUUUUGUGAAUUAUUAUAUAAGGAUACGAAUAACAGUAUUGUGCACAAAUUGAGCAUUUACGAGUGUUAAGUGAUAUUUAUUUUUAUUUUUAAACCAAAUUCAGGCGAAACAAGCAAAAAGCUCAGACGCCUACACUAUGCGAUUAACACACCGUUUGGCUGUUAUGGCCGCCAUACUAUUGGCUGGCUCUUCAUUUAUCCACGCCGAGGAAUCAUCCUGGGGUGGCGGCUGGGAACCCUCGAAAGCGUCAAUGCUCAGCAGACGCUCCGUAGAGUCUGAGAAAGCAGAUGCCGCUGCUGUACAGCCAGCAGAGGUACAGGGCCGUAAUUAUGGUGUGCAUGAAGCGAUCUACAGCAACGACACGAACACCGAUAUCAAUGCCAUUAUCGAUCAGAUCAUCAAUUCACGCCGCGAAGGACGUAUUUUAGGCGACUACGACCAAGUGUAUGCUGAUGGUAAUAUCGAUCAGGCGCUACAACAAGGUGACGAUAUGCAAGCACGCAAUCUGAUACGUGAUAAGCUUUGCGGAUUGGGUUUAAUGAGCUGCGAUGUUGAAGAAAAGCGUCCUUACUAUUCAAGCAUAUAUGCGCAAGGUCCACCACCAUCUUCAUUUGGCGGCGGUCCAUAUGGUCCGGCCAGACCUAUGCCACCACCCGGUCAUUUCAAUAGCCGUCCUCCACCACCACCACCAUCGUCGUUGAACUCGUUUGGACCACCACGUAAGGUUGGCUAUGAAGGCGCUUACAAACCACCUUUCCGCCCGUCGGGUCCUGGCGGUCCUGUAUAUAACGGUCCCUACUUGGAAAAUCCACCACCAUCCGCAAUUGGUGCCACAGGUCCAAACACGUUUAACAAACCUCCACCCGGUGCCAUCAUUUAUGGCAGCAAACCCCCAGGUCCAGUUUACAAUGGCAAUUCCGGUGCACCACCACCGUAUGCCUUUGAGAACCCCAUUGGUGAGAAAAUUCAAGCAGCCAGUUCUUCACAAACAAAUUUCUAUGCCCAGCAAUCAUCUUCAGCAUCAUCAGCUUCCUCUUCGUCUUCGAAAGUAGUUGUUGGCAAUUUGAAUGCUAUACCAGUAUCAGGACCUGCCGGUGGCUUGCAACAACAUGUGCACCACCAUUUCCACCAUGUCGAGGGCGGCGAUGCUAAUGCUAAGGUGCCUACAGUACCCAUACCAAUUGGUGCUGGUCAAUCGAUUAACACCGAUUUUUCGACUCUUGCACAAUCAUCGGCCACUUUCACACCACAAAGUCAAGGUGGUUUCACCGAAUCUAAUGCAUUUAAUGCCGGUUAUAACGGCGCUUCCCAAGGCGGUUUACUCUCACAGGCGGCAGCUAACAGUUUCGGCAACUAUGAGAAACCCAACACUGACCUUUACAAACCCGCGGGAGGUUUAGGUAGCUUUGGUAAUGCUGGCCCACAAGGAAUUUACGAACAAUCUGGUAUAUCUGGUGGUCAAGGUGGCAUUUACGAGCAAAACACCGGCGCAAGUGGUUUCGGUCAGAGCGGUUUUGCACAAUCAACUAAUUUCGCACCGUCGAACAAUUUCGGACAAUCCAACAACUUUGGACAGCCCAGCGGCAGCUAUCACAGCCAGAAUCCCGACUACUUUAAGAAGGAAUUACAAAACUUUGGCGGUAUUGGAACUUCGGCCGGCUACAACGGCAUCGGCAACAAUUUGGGUGGUCAGUACCAAGGUGGAUACGAUCCCUCACGUCAACAGAUCGUCGAUUGCCAAUGUGUGCCAUUCAACCAAUGUCCUGCUGCCGAUCGUAUCGGACGCAAAGAGGAUCUGAUUUUGGCGAUCGAUCCACGCAAUUUGGGUAAAGACAUUGAAGCUUUAGGUGAUGAGACCGCUACAAAUGCGACUGUCAGCGCAACAGAAGAUAAGAAGGAAGAAAAGAAAGAUGAGGAGAAUAAACGCAGCAAGCGUCAGGCUAAGGCUGAAGAUAAGCAAUCCGAUGAUGGUGCAGCCGAUCUACCGUUAGAUGCUGAAGGGCGCACUGGCAUACCCGAUCUGGCAGCCAUCGAGCUCAUAAAGCGAAAAAUUCUACCCACCUAUGGUGUAUCAUUUGGCUUGCCAUACCCCACAGGUGGUGGUGGUUAUCCCGCAAAUCCGCAUGGUGAUUUUUAUCCAGCACCGAAUCCGCACUUCGGUUCGAUUGGACCCAAUGGCUUAAACUUAGGUCUUCUAAAUGUAAAUCCAUUGGUUUCCGUACAGGUCAGCAAAACCGAGUUCGGAGAUAAAGUCGUAAAGCCAUUAGUUAAUCUUCAUGUCACACCAAAUGCGAACAUUUUUGAAAAAGUUGGUGAAUUAUUCAAGUCCAAACCUGAAUACAUUCACAACACACAUUACCAUCAUCACGAUCAUUAUAGUAACUUUGAGCAUGAUCAUCAUUCACAUCCGCAUGCUGUUACCGCGCCUGGCCCCAUAUACGAUGUUGUGCCAAGCCAACCGAUUUACGAGCAUCACAGUACAGUAACUGCGCCUGCAAGCACUACAUUUAAUACUGGGUUCCUCCACCAACAGCAACAUUUCACAACACAACAUACAUCUUUCGGCACAACCUUCGCAGCGAACUUUUAUCCUGGUCCCUCUGCUAUCGCUGGGCACACAUCAUAUCCCACCACGGGUAACGCUCAUUUCGGAGGCUCAAUACCAAGUGGCUUCGGCGCUAGUAGUCAUGGCUCCGCUAAUUUUGGUGGUUCAAUUCCCAGUGGCUUUGGCGCAAGCGGCCAUGGCGCGAAUUAUUAUGGCGGCGCCUCACCGCAUGGCUUUGGCGCAAGCGGCCAUGGCGCGAAUUAUUAUGGCGGCGCCUCACCGCAGUCUGGUUACCCAACUGGCUAUGGCUCUAACGGCCACGCUGGUGAGAUUUUCGCUGGUGGGCAUUACAAUGAAUACGAGGAACGUAGUUCCAAUCUCAGCGUAGCAUUUAGGGGGCCAGUUGAGCAUAGCCGUAAACAGCAUCAUUUGAAUGCAUUGGACAAUCGGAGAGGUAAAAGCUUACGUCCAAUACCCGCACAAGCGCCUGGUGCGGCAGAAGGUAGCGACUAUGUGACAUUUCCACGCGAUCGACGACGUCGCGAUGUGGUUGAACACGAGGAAGCUGCGGAACGUAGAGAGAGUGUUUUGGCACGAACGGUAAAGACAGAAGAGCGCGCCUAUUAUGGCAACCGUCCAGUUGAGAAGACUUGCCGCGUCAACGAAGUGUGCUGUCGUCGUCCAUUACGUCCAGCGCCACAACAACAACUCGGUCGCUGUGGCACACGCAACGCUGCCGGCAUCACCGGUCGCAUUAAGAACCCAUCCUACAUCGACGGCGACAGUGAGUUCGGCGAGUACCCGUGGCACGUGGCUAUUUUGAAGAAGGACCCCAAGGAAUCAAUUUACGCUUGCGGCGGUACAUUGGUUGAUGCACAACACGUAAUCACUGCUGCUCAUUGCAUUAAAUCGCAAAAUGGUUUUGACUUGCGUGCUCGUCUAGGUGAAUGGGAUGUUAACCACGAUGUCGAAUUCUUCCCAUACAUUGAACGUGAUGUUGUCUCAGUACAUAUUCAUCCCGAAUACUAUGCUGGUACUUUGGACAAUGAUUUAGCCGUACUGAAACUGGACCAUCCCGUUGACUUCACCAAGAACCCACACAUCAGUCCCGCUUGUUUGCCUGACAAAUUCUCCGACUUUACCGGUGCCCGUUGCUGGACCACUGGUUGGGGCAAAGAUGCUUUCGGCGAUCAUGGCAAAUACCAGAAUAUCCUGAAGGAGGUCGAUGUGCCAAUCUUGUCCCAUCACCAAUGCGAAUCGCAAUUGCGUCAAACUCGUCUCGGCUACAGCUACAAACUCAAUCCCGGUUUCGUUUGCGCUGGCGGUGAAGAGGGCAAGGAUGCAUGCAAGGGUGACGGCGGCGGCCCAUUGGUAUGUGAACGCAACGGCAUCUGGAAUGUGGUCGGUGUUGUGUCCUGGGGCAUCGGUUGCGGUCAAGCCAAUGUGCCCGGCGUGUAUGUGCGCGUCUCGCACUAUUUGGACUGGAUUCGCCAAAUUACGCAAUACUAUAAAUGAGUAGUGGCACCAGUGGCGACGACGCCUGUGCGGGCAACCGCAACAGCAACAGCCUAUCACAGCUGUCAGUCGCAAGACCGAGAUGUGUUCCACUUUCACUUUCGAUAAGCCAUUUUUUAUGAGUAAUACGACUUGUAUGAGUAUAUGAUAAUGAUAUUAUUUAUUUUUGUUAGUGUUGUAAGUGUAGGCACAUAUGUAAGUAUUUAAGUGCUCUUCAGUGCGACUUCUUGUUUUUGUCAAUUAUUGUUUUUGUUUUUGUUUGUGUAAAUAUUUAUUGCCUUCUUCUACAUUUGUUAAAUUAUUUUACGCUCGCCUUAGUGCUACUGAGGCUGCUGCGGCGACAACUUUCCAACACUGUUAAAUUAUUAUAUUUAAUUACUUGUACGACACUAAAUUGUCAUAACUUUUAUAAAACUUUCAGAAAAUAAAAUAUUUAUAAUAAAAUUA